AUGGACUUUUCUAACGAUGAUUACUUUGGGACCCUUGGAGGAAGUCUGAUGAAGGACUUGCUGGCCGAUUUGCAGGUUGAAGACGGAGAUUGGUCUCUCGAUCAACUUGAAAAAGAACUAGCACAGCUGGACCAAGAGCCUCAGCUUCCUGCUGCAAUGCAACCUCAGCCCAAUAUGAGAUUGGAUGCUGCUUCUCUUGUGGUGCAACACGCACAAGAUCGAUCUGUUCCCCAGGCACCAUUUCCAGCUUCGUCGGAUGGCUUAGAUGCGUGGAGUCGUUCCUUGGAGCAAUUUACGGCCUUGUCGUUGCAGGACGAUUUUCUAGCUGCAGACACUGUCCGCAAACAAAAACAGACUACUAUGCCACCCGGUUUUCCAUCGUCUGCUCCAACGAGUGGUAACCUCCAGGGUGCAGAAGAUUACGAUAUUGCCGAGAAGCCUUCAUUAUUUGCACCUCCAGGACUUGGUGGACCUCCAGGAAUUACAUCUCCAGCUGCUACACAGCCAGUUUCAACUCCCAAACCAGCCCCCUUUCCCAGAACACCAGAAAACUCAGUGAGUGUGGAUGGUAGCAACACGGCACCUCCGGCUGGCAUUCAAACACGACCAGCCGAGCCACCGAUGCCAAAACGUGCUGACGUUCCACCUCAACAAGCUAAUAACGCUAGGAGCAUGCCUCCUCCUCCUCCUCAAGGACACUCCAAUGUCCCACCUCAAAUGCAACCUGGCAUGCAUCCUGGCCCUCCUCCAGGACCGCAUUCUGGCCCCCUUCCUGGUGCCAUGAAUAUGCAAAUGCCCCCACCUGGGCAGAUGCCUCCACAUGGGGUAAUGCACCCUCCUCAUGGUGCGGUUGUCCGAGGAAUUCCAAUGGGAGCACCCAUGGGGAUGCCACCGGGAACAAUGCCACCUCCAGGAUCCAUGAUGCCAAUGGCUCCACCCAACCAGCCUCAUCCUGCUAUGAUUGCAAUGCCACAUGCUGGCCCAGCAUGGCAGGCAGCUCCGAGAGGACCUGUUCCACCUCAAAUGAGAGCUUACUGCGAUCCUCAUCCAAAUGCACCACCAGUUCCUGCUUCGGCAUUGGAGACAAAAUACAUGUCCAGCAGGGAUAUCGCCUACGUUGUGCAUGGUAUUCUGAGGCCAGUCUUGGCCGCAGGUAUCUCGGAAGAUGACUACAAUAUUCAAUUCUUACGACGAUCGGGGGCCAGAGCUAAUCCUAACAAUCCAAAGAACGCCAAGGAUGUGAACAAGGAGAUGGUGAGCCGUACGAAAAAGUCGAAAGAAUGGUCUUCGGAAAAGGCCACUCUUGGCCAUGUUGCCAAAACCAAUGUGGCUCGUCCACGAGCAUUGAUUGCUACUCCUCAGGCCAAAACGAGUGAGCAACAAGACUCGGAGCAAAAGCAGCGUGCUAGUUUGUGGAAGGCACGGAUAUACUGCGAUCAAGCCUAUCAAUCGUACCAGAUCAUUGUGGAUAUCUGGCGUGCUGCUCCUGCCGGCACUGUCCCACCGCAGUUGCAGUCCCAUUUGGUCAAGCUAAUGAAGUGUAUGGGAAUCACUCAUAUUGAGAAAGAGUACAAGGUUGAUGCUGAGGCGCUAAAGUUGUUGGCCAAGUUAAGUAAGGGAAAGACGUUGAUUUCUCGGACUUUGGAGCAAGCACUACUUCCACCAAAUUCUGUCCAAGUAUUACUUCCAGCUCUUUUGGAAGUCCUCAUGCCAGUACCUGCCAAGAAGGGUGGUGCGGAAUCUAGCGAACCUGAAACAGAGAGACUCUUGCGUGCCACUACUGGAGUUAUCAAGAAGUUGAACACGAGCAGCGACACGUUGUUGAAAUGCCUGGAAGUUGUACAAGGUGUUGGCAAGGCCACCCUUUCCUCACCAGCUAGAAUGGAAUGUGUUCAUUCGUUGCUGCAAAAGGGAGCCAUUGUGGUGGGACAGGACCCAUCCCAAGAGAAUAGGGCUGCAUGGGGCAAGGCAGAAAACGAAUUCAUGAAGCUGUUGCAAGCGUAUUAA